AUGAAGUUUGGCGAAACCCUCAAUGAAGGGUUGGUGACUGAAUGGCAGGAUCAAUACGUUGACUACAAAGCAGGGAAGAAACUUAUCAAAAAAGUCCGCAAACUGAAAGACGAGUAUGACGAGCAAACCAAGCCUGGAGAUUUCUCAACGGUUACUAACAACGAUAGAACACCUUUGUUGGAUCAACAAAACCACCGCCACCACCACCACGGCGACGAUGAUGAUGAUGACGACGGCAAUGGUUCAAGACCAUAUACUCUGGAGGAUAGUGCGAGCGUGCUACCGACAUCAGCUGACCACCAUGAUUAUACACUGCAACGGCGAACAUCGAUAUUCAACUAUUCUUUACGGUCAUCGAAAACCGAUUAUUUCUUGGAAAAGAGGAAGUUUUCGCAAUGGCUCGAAGGGCAGCUUGUCAAAGUCGACGAGUUUUACUCUGAACAAGAGCAAGGUGUCUAUGAGAGGUUUUUGUUGCUCCAGGACCAGUUGUAUCAGAUGCGUGAUCAAAAAGCGCAGUUAGUUCGUCGAAGGAACCAACACGAGAGAAACCACCCCAGUUUUGCUGGAACUGAUAAUGUUACUCAUAGAGUCAAUGAGUUGGCGUUCCAUACAAAGUCCUUUAUAAGCGAGUUGAACAGGUAUGAGCUACCGUCUUUGCCGUCAAUGAGAUUCUUGAAGAAAUGGAGGUUGGGGAGAAAAGGCGAGCACGCAGAGGAUAACAUUUCCUUACACGUGCAGGAUGAAGUCGACUUGAACUACGCCGAGAACAGAGUGCGGAAUGGAAUUGUUGAUUUGUCGGAUAAAAACGAGGAAGAUGAAGAAGCAUCGUAUGAUUCAGAAUCAGAUGCCGAGGCGAUGGUGCCUCUGGCGGCGGCGACGGGGGUGGCGGGGGUGCCGUCGUCGGCUUAUGAUGAACAGGACUCGCCAAGCCAAAUACAGCGGAAUCGGAAAAGAGACUACGCCUUCAAAAAACAGCACUUUGGAGUGCCAUAUUUAUACGCCAAAAAACAGCUCAAGGCAGCCCUUUUAGAAAAUUAUAGAUCGUUGUCGAUUCUUCGCUCGUACAAGACGAUGAAUCAAACUGCGUUUAGAAAAAUCACCAAAAAAUACGAUAAGGCGAUGGGUACUCACAUCAUGGAAACUUUUAUGAAGAGAAUCGACACCACGGCCUAUUUCAUGACUAGCGAUUUGCUAGACAAGUUGGUUAACCACGUUGAAGAAUUGUACAUUACCUUUUUUGACCCGGAGUCAAAAGACAGAAAGCACUCGUUGGAGAAGCUCAAAACAAUUGCAUACGCGAUAAACGCCACCGAUAUGAGACCGCCCUCAUUCUACACUGAGUUUUUCACCUCUGGCAUCUUAUUGGGAUUCGGUUUACCGUUGUUUGUUUUGGGCUUGUACACAGCAUUGAACAAGACCUUGGGGGGAGAGUUGCCCGAAGGGAAAUAUCUUCUUCAAAUAUGGGGUGGGUUCUUCUUUUUGACACUUGCAUUUCUUUUGUUUAUGGUCAAUAUGGCAGUGUUUGACCUGUUCCGUAUCAAUUACAAGUUCAUCUUUGAGUUCAACUUUGCCACUUGCUUAAACUACAAGCAGUUUGGCCUUUUACCUAGUUUUGGCUUUUCGCUUCUUUCCCUCGUUGGCUGGUUCAGUUUCAAUAAUUUUUGGCCGCAUGCGUUCCCAGGUCGAGACUGGCCAUGGAUAUUCUUUGGCGUUAUGUUAGUCAUCUUUAUCUGGCCCACGAAUGCCUUUUACGGUCCUAGCAGAAGGUGGCUACAAUUUGCAUUGUGGAGGUUGCUCCUAUCUGGGUUGUACCCUGUUGAAUUUAGAGAUUUCUUCCUCGGAGAUAUUGUGUGUUCCUUGACCUACACCAUGGGUAACAUGUCCUUUUUCUUUUGCAUGUAUGCACAUCAUUGGAGGGGAACUUUGGCGGGCCAGAAUCCAGACGAAAACACUUGCACAUCGUCAAAGUCCCAUUUGAUGGGCUUUUUCAAUGCUCUUCCGAGUGUGUGGAGAUUGUUGCAGUGCAUCCGUCGUUUCAUGGACACGGGUGACUGGUUUCCGCAUUUGGCCAAUAUGUUGAAGUACACUUGCUCCAUGAUUUACUACAUGACACUCAGCUUGUAUCGAAUUGAUAGAAGCCUUGAGACCCGAAUUGCAUUCAUUGUGUUUGCUUGUAUAAACUCGAUAUACUGCUCGCUAUGGGAUAUCGUGAUGGACUGGUCGUUGUUGCAAUCGGGCUCAAAAUAUUUCUUGCUCCGCGACUACAUUAUCUACAAAAACCCGUACUAUUAUUACGCUGCCAUGAUUGUUGAUGUGAUUCUCAGGUUCCAGUGGAUUUUCUACGCCUUUUUCAGCGAUCAGAUCCAGCAAAGCGCCGUGACUUCCUUCUGCGUGGCAUUGGCAGAAAUUUUCCGCCGUUUCAUUUGGAUAUUUUUCAGAAUGGAAAACGAGCACUGCACCAAUGUCAUCUUGUUCCGGGCUUCAAAGGAGACUCCCCUCCCCUAUGCCGUCUCAGCGAGGGUUGAAAAAGCAGUCAAAAAGCUAGUGCAACUCAGAUACAACGCUACGAAAUUCCAUGAUGAACAUGAUGAACAUCAAGGGACAUAUGAGCAAAUGGGUCCAGGCCCAGGUGAAGAAUCCGAUGUUGGCUUUACAACUGGCCGGACGCAAUCUAGAGGCGACGACUCGGCAUCCAUCGAUAUCUCCAGAUUGCCGGUUCCCAAGGGUCCACAGUUACAGCGGCGUAAGACAUAUUUCAAGCAGAUUACUGAUCGCUUGAAUACUGCUCAUAUCAAAGAUUUCCAGCGGAGGAAAACUGCAGUUCCCCUCGAUGAGGAUAGUGACGAAGAGGAUGAAGACGAGGCUAGUGUCGGUGGUAAACGAGAAUCCCGGAUGUCGUCAAUUAGAGAAGAUUGA